UUAUUUCUUGCUAUUUACUAUCUUGCCGGCAUAGUAAGCAAAGGAUAAACCCAGCUAAGAAAAUGAGAGCCACGGUUCUGUGCAUCAGUCUGACUCUCCUCUACGUUACCCAUGCAGGUGCCACUGAUGUGCAAAAAGACUUUGACUUGAACAGGUUUCUAGGGGCAUGGCAUGGUGUUGCUUUUGCCACAAACUCAGACUGGUUCUUGGGAAAGAUUAAGUGUGCACCAUGCCUGGCACAGCUCAACCUCACUGCAGAUGGGAACAUCGAACUAACUCGCAGCAACACAUGGCCACAGAACUCACCAACAUCAGUUACCACCUACACUGUGACUAGUGUACCAGGAGUGUUUCAUGCUAGGAAACUAAAUGAUGGUUAUCAGACUGAAUUCCGCGUUGUGGAAACAGAUUAUGACGCAUAUGCCAUGACUAUGGCCUAUAUGACUGUCGCAGAUUGGAAAUUUACUUUGGUGAAAUUAAUGUCGAGAACCCAAGAUAUUACUUCUGAUCUUGUGGACAAGUUUGAAGAUUACGCAUUGCAAAAGGGUUUGACAAAAGACAAUAUUGUGUUCUCACCAAGGAAGGAAGGUGUUUGCAAUCCAGAUGCAAAUGCUAUGAAUGUUACAAAAGAAUCCAGUGAAGAGCAAAAGAGCUGAUUGUGGUCAUACCAAGAAUUAAGAGACAAACUUUGAUGAUCUGCCGAAUGAAUGGCCCACCUCCACACUUGUUAUGAAGAUAAAGGCACUGACUGCAUAUUGAAUUGCUGAAAAAGCAUCAAAGCAAAGAAUGCAACAGAAUGUCUGAUAUUUCCAUGUGCCACAUGUCAAUGUACAUUGUUAUUCUUUAUUGUGAAUUCCCUGACAUGAUGUUCUGAUCAGUACAGUGCAAUAAAAUGUUUCUUUCCAAAUGUG